AUGUCUGCCAGUGUGACUGAUACCACUGAUACUCAUGAUAAAGGCCCUCGGAUUCUUGCAGUGGUUUGGACAUUAUCAGCCCUUACGACUAUUGUCGUCGCUGCACGUGUGUACAUCCGUCAAUGGUUGAUUCGCAAUGCCGGUAUUGAUGACUAUAUUAUUGUUGUGUCAUUGUGCCUUACAUUAACAUCUGUUGGAAUGACAACGGCAAACGUGCAUAUGGGAUACGGAAAGCAUGCUUGGUUGCUGGAGGCGAGCACCGUGGAGACGAUAAGCUUAGUCAAUACCAUCAGCUUCGCAAUCGGCAUUUUUUGCUUUACCGUUCCAAAGGUCGCAGUAACGGUUCUCUUGACUCGGAUCCUCAACCCAAGCCGUGCACAGCGCAUAUGGCUAUGGAGCAUGAUUGGACUCACGGCUUCGGUGUCAUUCGCAUGUAUAUUUCUGCUAUUUGUCCAAUGCGACCCCCCUCAGGCCGCAUGGCAACGCCGCCUCGUCACCGAGGGCAACGCAAACUGCAAUGAUGUGCAAAUUUUGAUUAAAUAUGCCAUCUUUAAUGCCGCGCUAUCGGCAAGUGUUGACCUGUACUUGGCUAUAUAUCCCAGUACUGUCCUCAUGAAACUUCGCAUGCCUUUGCGAAAACGUCUAGCACUUUGUGCUGCUUUGGGUAUGGGGUCCAUUGCCGCGGCGACCGCUAUUGCAAAAAGCACGCAGUUUCCAGACUUUGCGAAUCAGGAUGAUUAUACAUAUGAAACCGCGGAUCUUGUCAUGUGGACAAACGUCGAAUCCAAUGUUCUCAUUCUGGCAUCCUGCAUUCCGACCCUCCAACCCAUCCUCGAGCUGACGCUUCGGGGGCACAUUCGCACGAGAAGCCCUCGAGGGAAAGACGCCAACUAUCCACGCGAUUCCGCUUUCCAGAGAACCGGGCAUAAAACAAACCGACGGUCGGAUCGCUCGAUCACGCACGUUGAGAGCCAAGAGAGUAUCCUUGGUGCUGAAGAACGGCAGAAGAAUAGCCAUCCUCUCGGUGCUAUUGUGCGGACAGACGAUGUUCAAGUGGAAUUCAACACUAGAUCUACGCAUAGCAUGCCGGAUAGACAUAUGACGUGGCAGAUUGCUUAA